AUGUCGGAUACAUCGAAGGAUAAAUCAGCAGCAAGAAUUCCAAAUGGCGUCAAGUUUUUACUCGGUGGAUCCGCGGGAAUGGGUGCAACGCUGUUUGUGCAGCCGUUGGAUCUGGUGAAGAAUCGCAUGCAGCUGAGCGGUUUAUCGGGUAAAAAGGAG